GGAAAACGACAAGCUUUUUGGUCAGUUUCCAUGUGGACAGGAUGCGGUUAGGUGGACUGCAACUGGAUACUAAACUAAGCUUGAUUUCCUUUCACCUCGAGAUACGUUCAACGGUUUUUUUUUUUUUGGUAGAAUUCAACGGGUUUAGUACGUGAGAAAAGUAUGAAAGAAUAUUCAAAUCUUAUCAUACUCUCCGGAAGCGUUCGUCCAAGCCCAGGCCCCAUGCAUGGCAGCGACGUCAAAAACCCUUUUAUAAUUCAAACGUGGAAUGAAAACAUUCCGAUUGAACGAAAUAUCAAACAAUGGCAUCCUCUUUUCUCCUCCAUCACCACCUCCUCCGGCCUGUCCUCCUCCAAAUUAUACUGCUAAUAAUUAGCCCAACUUACGCUCAGACCAUCUCCCACCGCCAUAUUAUAAGCUUGCGCUCCUCCCUCACAGCUCGGACCGGCCAAACCACCGCCUGGCUCUCACCUUCUGGCGACUUCGCCUUCGGAUUUCGCCCCCUGGAAGGUGACGGCACCCACUUUCUCCUCGCCAUCUGGUUCGACAAGAUAGAUAGCAAAACUGUUGUUUGGUGUGCCAACGGGAACACCCCGGUUCAACCUGGAGCCACAGUGGUGCUCGCCGCCGACGGGCAGCUCUCGCUCUACGAUCAUGGCGGCCAAGAGGUGUGGAAUGCCGAAGUCAAUGUUACUGUUACAUAUGCUGCCAUGCUUAAUAACGGCAACUUCAUUCUAGCAAGCAGCGACGGUUCGUUCCGAUGGCAAAGCUUCGACCACCCCUCGGAUACCAUCUUGCCCUCCCAAGUAUUGGGUGUAGGCAAGGGGCUCCGAUCCCGUCUGAUGGACACCAAUUACUCCUCCGGACGGUUCGAGCUCAGCGUUGGAAGCGACGGAAAUCUAACGUUUUAUCCGGUCAAUAUCAUGACAGGCUAUGCAUAUGAUCCUUACUGGGCUACCAACACUACUGGAAAUGGAUCACGGAUUCUCUUCAACGAGUCCACCGGAACCAUCUACUUGGCUCUAGCUAACAGCAACAUCUAUUUCUUGCCACAGAGAACAUACUCUGUGAAAGAUUUCUAUCAGAGGGCGACACUCGAUUUCGAUGGGGUCUUCAGGCGAUAUAUCUACCCAAAGAAUGCGAAGAGUACUAGUGCAGGCUGGAGUACGGUGGGUUUCCAGCCUCCAGAUAUCUGCCGAAAUCUCACCACCAAGACGGGCAGUGGUGCAUGUGGAUUCAAUAGCUACUGUAUAUCCGGCGGUGGGAAUCAGAGUGUGGAUUGCGUGUGCCCACCCGACUAUUCUUUCCAGGAUCCAAAUAGGAAGUACAAAGGGUGUAUGCCAGAUUUUGCAGCCCAGAAUUGCAAGGGGAAGUUCACGUUGAGAGAGAUGAAUAAUGUCGAUUGGCCUUUAUCUGCGUACGAGCACUUGUCUCCCAUAGACGAGGACAGAUGUAAAAGAGAAUGCUUGGGUGAUUGCAACUGUGCGGUAGCCAUUUACCAGGAUGAUGGUCAGAAUUGUUGGAAGAAAAGGCUCCCCCUCUCCAAUGGAAGGAUGAGCGACUAUGUGGACCGAAGGGCUUUCGUCAAAGUACCCAAAGAUUCGACAAAUGGUAAGAAGAAGAUCGUCAUAGUGACAACCUUGGUGCCGAUGCUCCUCCUACUGGUAUGCCUUGGUCUAUUUUUAUGGAAGAAGAACAGAAAACAAGUUCCCACGUUAGGUAUACCAAUUACCUCCUCCAAAGAAAGUAGAGGAAUGGAUCUGGAAUUGAAUUUGUAUGACAUGUUUACAAUUGAAAGUGCCACCGAUAACUUCUCCAUUAACAAUAAACUUGGAGAGGGUGGGUUUGGCCCUGUUUAUAAGGGUCGAUUGGAUGACGGACAGGAGAUUGCAGUCAAGAGAUUGUCAACAGAUUCUGUGCAGGGUCUGAAAGAGUUCAAAAAUGAGGUUAUGUUAAUUGCUAAACUGCAGCACAAAAAUCUUGUUCGGAUUCUUGGUUGCUGCAUUCAAGGAGAGGAAAGAAUGUUGAUCUAUGAGUAUAUGCAAAACAAGAGCUUGGAUACCUUCAUUUUUGAUAAAAAACAGGGGGCAUUGCUGAAUUGGCGAAAGCGUCUUGACAUUAUUAUAGGAAUCGCUCGAGGUCUUCUUUACCUUCACCAAGACUCAAGGUUAACAAUAAUCCACAGGGACCUCAAGGCUAGCAACAUUUUGCUUGAUAAGGAUAUGAAUCCGAAAAUCUCAGAUUUUGGCACUGCAAGAAUUUUCAAAGCAGAUCAAAAUCAAGAGAAAACAAGGAUGGUGAUUGGAACCUUUGGGUACAUGUCGCCAGAGUAUGUUAUAGAUGGUACCUUUUCUGUGAAGUCUGAUGUUUUCAGUUUUGGAGUUCUAAUACUUGAGAUCUUAACUGGUAAAAAAAAUAGAAUGGUGCAUCAGUCAGGAUAUUCUAUGAACCUUAUAGGUCAUGUUUGGAGACUCUGGGCAGAAGGUAGAUGCGUUGAGCUAUUUGAUGAAGUAAUGGGAUGUUCAUAUCCUAUAUCUAAGUUACUUCGAUGUAUACAAGUCGGACUCUUGUGCGUGCAAGAAGGGAGCAAAGAUAGGCCAAAGAUGGCCGAGGUGGUUCUGAUGUUGAGCAAUGAAGGCGUGGCACUACAAGAGCCUAAACGGCCUGGUUUCUGCAUAGAAGGGACUCCAACCGAACAAAAUUCAUCUUCCUGGAAACAACAUUCAAUUACACCAAACGAAGUCACAGUUACAAUGCUUGAAGGCCGAUAAGACACUCAUCAAAAUAAGCAUUUCUUUCUCUGUCGACAAUUUAAGACACCCAUCCAAGUUUACAGAUACGCUUAUUUCAUUGUAGAGGUGGACUAUACUAGGACUAUUUGAAUCUUUAUUGUAGGAUUUGCCUUCAUCUGUAGAAGAGGAGCGUGAAGGCCGAGUUUCUCCCCUGCUCUAUGAUUUCUUGUGAACGUGGUGAGGGAACAUUUGAAGCUUGUAACAGGGGGAGACGUACACUAGAUACUUGUUUUCUAUAUGGAACUCUUCUACAUGAAACUCUCCAUCAGCACUGAACCUGUAUAAUUCACCAAUCAUUGUGUGUCCCCUCUUUCUUAUGUACAGCAUUAGCUGAUGCAUAUGUAUUCAUAGGUACACAACUUUGUUUAGCCACAACAUCCUUGAAUAUAGCAUAUACAAUAUAGUAUGAUUG